AUGGAUGAACUCAUAGCAGUGCGCGUGAAAGACGGCAUCUUUGCGGGAAACAGGGGUGCCGCCGCUGAUAAAACAUUUCUGAUCAUGAACAAGAUCACGCACGUCAUCAACUGCGCGGGAGCCGAAGUCGGCGACUUCUUUUCAGGCGAGCCCGGCUUCAGCUACCUGUCCUUUCCAUGGAAGGACGCCGCGGGAUCGGUGUGCACGACCAUCCUUUUCGACGCGGCGGAUGGCAACAUCACUCGCGCCGUCAACUUCAUUGACGAGGCGCUGGCUGUCGGGGAAUGCGUUCUGGUGCACAGCGUGUACGGCAAGUCCCGCAGCCCAGCUCUUAUCGCAGCCUACCUUAUCAUUAAGUAUGGUUGGAAGCUAGAGAGCGCGUUGGCGUACAUCAACAUGGCCCACCCAGACGCAGAAAUCAAGCCGCACUUCCAGCGGCAGCUUCGGCAGUUUGCGAAGCGCCACGCCGCCGAUCGCGACAUCUUCGCGCUGGACGUUGAUGACAGCCAUUUUGGCCUCGACAAUGAUCAGUGGAUGCUGCGCAACACACUGCUCAACGGUUUGCUGUACGAUAGCCAGAUGUCCAACCCGCUUUACAAGCAGUGCACGGAGAAGGUGGACGUUGGCGCGCCGGUGAACACCAAGACGACCACGGCACGGCCGCGGAUUACCUUUGUGGACACAAAGAAAAACACGGAUGUGGAGUCGAAGGUGACCUGCCCUGUCGUCAACCCCACGACGCCUUUCCACGCCGACCCCGCAUCAACGGACCCGAGCAGCUUCAUCGGCCUCCGCGGCACGUCGAGUCUGCGCACGCCACGCCGCUCGCCUAGCAUCUUGAGCCGCAGCACGUCGCCGUGCGAGCGCCGGCUCGAGUCGGACCCGCGGUCUUGUCCUAAAGGGCGGCAGACGCUUGUGGUGGUGCACAGCGGCACGAUGGAGACGGCGACGUCGUCCACGACGGGGAAGCUAGAGCGGCCGCCCGCGCUGCACUCGAACGCGCCGGCGUCGCGCUCGCAUUCCUCCUCCUCGCACCUCAAUGAACGGGAGCGGCCCAAAGCGCGGGAGGUGGAGACGGACGCCUUCCUGUCCCAGCCGCGGCAGUCCUCGCAGGAAUCGACGCGCUCGAUCGACUACUCCCGUCUCGCACCGCCUUCGCAAGUGCGCUCGCCUUUCGCAACCCUCGCAUCGAGCCACAAGUACCGCAUCGGCUCCCCGCUGCCCAUGCCGAAGGAGAAGUCGGCAACGACCACCGCAAAAGGGAGCCGUAUGAAGGUCUCCUCUUCACCCUCAGCGAGACCGCCAGUUAACACGGGCCCGUCCCCUGUUGCCCCGCCUGCCACGUCUGCGGCGGUGCGUUUAGCGGCCCAACACUCUGCGUCAACAAACAAUUCCUAUACAACCAACAAUGCGACGACGUCAACUACUGCCACUACCUCCACCAGUAGUCCCACCGCCUCGCGUGCAGCGGCGCAGCGGACGGGCAGCCCGCACGCGUCAAACACACCCUCCCGCGAGGUGGUCAUGGGCCGGCCGGUCACCGCCGCCUACCGCGGCAUCGCCCCGUCUCGCUCAGCCGUCAACCCACGCGCCCUCGACCCAAACGCCGUGGUCUUCUCCGCGAACCCACGCACCAGCUCACGUACGUCGUCGCCGUCGCAGAUGAUGAAAAAUGCCGAGGGCGGCAGUGUCAACGGCUUCGAGUCGCGGAGUGGCAGCCGUCGUCGCAUGUUGUCACCUGUGCAGUCGCCGUCAAGCAGGAACGACCCGAAUGGGCGGCGGCGCGGCCACCGUGAGGAGCGGCGGCCCGUGCGGACCCGCUCGCCCAAGACGCAUAAGAACCGCGACACGGCUUCUACGGCGCGCUCGUUGAAUGAAUCCUUUUCUAGCCAGGACAAUAACAGCAAUUUGAACAACCAUGGUGGGGCUGCGUCGAAGAACCCGGCAACAGUGCAACGCCAGCUUCCACCAGCCAUCGCGUCAGGCAGAAAGUGA